AUGGCAUCGGAGGGUUGGGAGAAAGACGAAGAAAUGGGUUCCCUGUUCGAGGGGAUGGUCCUCUUUAAUCCUUCUGAAUUGGCGGCGGCAGCAGCAGCAGCAGCACCACCACCACCAGAUGAUCAACAGGAACAUGAUCAUCGGAAUCGAUCCAUUAUCCCUCCUCCAGCAGCACCUCCAGCCAAUGAUUCUGCGCCGCCAUUGUUGAGAGGCCUUCAACCCCAAUCUGAUCCCUCUUCAUGUCCAUCUACUUCUGCCACCGCUACCGCCACCGCUACUGUUUCUAUUGCUACAAAGACAUCAACAGCAUCAACCAUCACCACCGCAAGCAGAGAAGUUCGGCAAUUUGCCACUAGAAAGAAAAAGAGAGCUGGUUUAAGGAUCGGAUACGGUAGAGAUGAUGCCCUAAUUCCCGGCGUCCACUCUCAUUACGAGGAACCGGAACUUCAUCCAUCAUCACCUCCACCCUCCCCUGGUGACCAAAUUACUAUUAAAUCGGGUGGAGCUCUCAGUCUCGACCGUCAAGGAAAAGCACGUGAAAUAGAAGAAGAUGAGAAUGAUUUCUCGGAUAAGACAUCAGAAAGCAUUGAUUCUUCUCAUACUAGUGCAGAUGAAGGUUUUACCCGAAUUGGCGGUUCAGUCUCGGAUGCAGAAGCUGCGUCUUCGUCCAGGGAUUUUCGUGAAGAAGACGAUAAACGGGUAGAAAAUAUCCAUCCCGUAGAGAUUAGAUUUGAUCAAAUCAGGGCCCAGAUUUCUGACAAACUUAAGCAUGCUCGGGAAUUGGUCGCUUCUGUCUCCUCCGCCCGCAAGGUUUCCAUUAGGAGGAGAAGAAAAGCUGCCGAGAAUUUAACUAUGGCAUCUGCUAAGUACAAAGAACUUGAGAAAGAGCUGGAGGAAGCUUGUGAGGCUGAGGAUUUUGAGGCAGCCGAAAGGGUCAGUGAGAGCCUUGCUUCCGCAGAAAAGGAAAAGGAACUCUCGCUGAGUGCACUCAAAGGUGCAGAAGCCGAUUGUGAUGCUGUUGACUCUAAGAUGGAGGAGGUUCUCAAGUCCCAAAUUGCCGUUGAAGAGGAAAGUGCAUCUUUGUUGCAAAGUUUUGCAAUAGUAAGUAGAAAAAUCUCUAAUUGA